AUGGAGCAGGAACUGUGCCAGAUCCCCUGGCAGGCGACUCAGCACCUGCUCACAGAGGAAACGGAGAAUUCAGAGUCUGUGUUGGACAUGUCUUCAUCUUCUGGAAGUGGAAGCAUGCAUACCUCCUGGAAUUACGAACCGCCAGGCUUUCAUCACUCUCCUCCAUGUCCAGAACAGGAGAAGACCCCUUUGGGAUCUACAGAGGCUACUAGGCAGAAUGUGGGUGAAAUGGGGCCAGAGUUCAAUAUGUUGCUGCCUGAAUCCAGUGUGAACUACUGCUCCCAAAUGACUCUAAUGCCUUCACACAUGAUUUUCUAUCAGGGCUCUGCCCCAGUCCAGCCAGGAGUGAUGCUCUUCAAGGAGCCUCCGAUGGGGCCUUUGGGAGAGCAGAAUAUUCCCAGAAUGGCCUUGAAUUAUGUUGGGAAUAUCAGAGCCCACCACAGUGGGCCAUCUGUCUCAGCUCCCACCGGUAUCCCUAUGAUGUCCCAUAUCAGGGCCCAAUCAAUGCCUUACUCUGGGCCCCCAAGAGGACCUCCUAACAGAGACUCUUUGAUCCCUAAGAUGCUAUUGGCCCCAGCUAUGCCUUCAGCUGAGAGUCAGUCAGUGCUUUCCUCUUUGCCUCAGAUGUUACCCCCUAGUAACUCCCAAGAUUUUGGGAUGUCCUCAACUAGUUCCCCGUCAUUGCUGGCUUUAGAAUCCCCAAAUUCUUUUGGGAGCCAGCCAGCCUUCAGGGAAGACUACUUCCCACCUGAGCAGCCCAGAGCUGCAACCCAGGAGUCAGAGCAAAACCCCCGGGCCCAGGAAAAGCCUGCCAGGAGAAGAUCUCCAGUCUCAAGGCCUUACCUCUGCCAGCAUGAGAAUUGUGGAAAAGCCUACACCAAACGUUCCCACCUCGUGAGUCACCAGCGCAAGCAUACAGGCGAGAGACCCUAUCAAUGCAAAUGGGAGGGAUGCCUGUGGUCCUUCAUCCGAUCAGAUGAGCUCGUACGACACAUGCGCAUCCACACCAAACACAGACCCCACAAAUGUGAACUGUGCGGCCGGCAGUUCAUGCGAUCGGACCAUCUAAGGCAGCACCAGAGAACACAUGUGUCUCAGUCUCCAGAAGCACAGACCACUGACCCCUGUGGCAUGGACCUAGAAGAAGACACAUCUAAAGACAGUAGGGUCUGGUGCCCAGUGAUGCUGUACAACAUGUCUGUGUCUUGUGAUCAGCAGCCUCCUGUGCACUGCCUGGACACUGGGGAGUUGGAGAAGCACCCAGCUAAGGCUGAGGCAUAG